GCCAUGGAGCCCGAGACGCGCAGCGUUCAGAUCCAGUUCCCCCACUACGCAGCAGUCCUGCUGGAGUCGCUCAACAAGCACCGGCUGGAGGGGAAGUUCUGCGACAUCUCGAUCCACGUCCAGGGCCGCGUCUUCCAGGCCCACAAGAGCGUGCUGGCCGCCUCCUCGCCCUACUUCCACGACAAGCUGCUCCUCAACGACACCAACUGCAUUGUUCUGCCCAGCGUCAUCGAGCCGGACGCCUUCGAGAACCUGCUGCAGCUCAUCUACUCCGGCCGCCUGAAGCUACUCCUGGAGGCCCUGCCUAGCCACCUCCUGGUGGCCAGCGGCCUGCAGAUGUGGCAGGUGGUGGACCAGUGCUCAGGCAUCCUGAAGGAGCUGGAGGGGGGCCCCUGCCGGCCGUGGUCGGGCCGGGCCAGUGAGAGCCAGUCGCCCAGCAGCAGCAACUACUUUGCGGGGGCACGCGAGGAGGGGGAGGCCGCGAGCGCGGCGGACGGACCUGGCCGCCGCAUGCAGCACGGCUGCCCGGAUGACGAGGUGCUGAAGAUCCGGGUGCCCCAUGACGAAGACGAGGAAGAGGAGGAGGAGGAAGAGGACGACGAGCGGCAGGCUCCGAUUUGCAGUGGCUCUGCCGACAGCCCCGUGAAGGUCAUCCUGGACGAAUCCGAGGAGGGCAACCGCGACGGCUGCUCGAAAGGCCCCGGGGAGCUGGGCUCUGCCCCCCACGAGCCCCCCAAAAUCUUCUACAUUAAGCAGGAACGCUUUGAUGCUGAGGAGGGGGCCACUUCGGUGCUGGGCAGGGCCCCCGGCUCCUCCUUGUCCGAGUCCAGCUUCCUCAAGUCUUUGGGGCGGCCACUCGGCAUGGCCGACGUGCCAGGCCUGUGCCAGGCGGAGAUCCAGGAGACCGGGGAGGUCAGCUACAUCCUCCCCAGUGGGGCCUUCUCAUCCACCGCGGCACCCGGCUUCUCCGUGAAGGCCCAGCCGCUCUCCUCGGACUCCUCCGUGCCUUUCCCGGAGAGCUCCUGGAAGCCGGUCGACCUGCACGGGAACGAGAUCAUCGCCCACGCCGUCCACGGGCAGGUGGUGCACGCCCCCGUCAAGCUGAUGUCGGCCCCUGACGGCAAGAAGUUCGGCUGCCUGUGCGGGAAGCGCUUCGCGGUGAAGCCCAAGCGGGACCGGCACAUCAUGCUGACCUUCAGCCUGCGCCCCUUCGGCUGCUCCGUCUGCAACAAGAAGUUCAAGCUCAAACACCACCUGACGGAGCACAUGAAGACCCAUGACGGCAACCUCUACGCCUGCGAGGAUUGCGGCCGCAAGUUCCGCGUCCAGAGCUGCUUCCUGAAGCACAAGGAGCUCUGCAAGGGGCAGGGUUGGGCCACUGCGUGCUGGACCUACAAGUAG